AUGGAGAUGAAGGCUGUCAUAUUGAGGAUAGCAGGUGCAGAUAGAAAGCACCUGAAUUGUGCUCCUGAAUUAACCAAUCCUGGAACUGCUAUACCUUUGGACUUUUCUUUUAUAAUAAAUUCCUUAUAUUGUUCAGUCUCCCUUUUGUGUAUUUUGUUGUGUGUGUGUGCUCAGUUGUGUCUGACUCUUUGUGACCCCAUGGACUGUAGCCUGCCAGGCUCCUCUGUCUAUAGAAUUCUCCAGGCAAGAAUAUUGGAGUUGAGUGCCAUUUCCUUCUCCAGGAGAUCUUCCCAAUCCAGGGACUGA